GAUGUCUGCUUUUAGAUUAACUUUCAUUAAACUGACGUGGCUCUACCUGAUACUCCAUAUGGAUCCAAGUGAAUGCUGCAUUACCAAUGAUUCUCAACCCUUUAAACCAACCAUCAGUCUAAAGGCUGUCAGCAACAAGCAACGCCUGAUGGUCAGCUGGCUGCUGAACCACUGUGGAUCCCAGAGUGACGUGUUUGAGAUCCAGAUCAGUCGCACUGAAAAGCACAACAUUGUUCACAGUACAAAUGUAAGCAUGUCAUCCAGAGAGUCAGGAGAGUACACAUGGACCUGGACCUCUGAGCUGCCUCUGGAGUGUGUCGAUCACUCAGUCAGAAUAAGAAACAUCUGUAAUGUGUCUGCACACAGUCCGUGGAGUGACUGGAAAACCAGCUAUGGAGAGAUCGCCAACAACAAAGUCAAGAUAUUUCCUUAUCAUAAGGUACUGAGUGAGGGCAGCAGUGCUACGUUCUGCUGUGUUCCCCCCAAAGGAGAAGAAAUCACAGGCAUGGCUUUCAGAAACAAGCAGUACAGUCUCAUUAGUGUUGGAGACAAAGUCAAGGCCAUUGCUGUAAACACCGUGCCUGUCCCAGAAGGAUCCAUCAACAGGCUGUUACUCACUUGCAGCGUAACAAAUCAAAAGAACAAGCAUGUCUUCAACUAUGUCGGUUUUCCUCCUCAGAAGCCCCAAAAUAUCAGCUGUGAAACGACAGAUUUCAUCAAAGUCAACUGCACAUGGGGUUCAGUCACAAAAGAAGACGGACGUAAAAAACCAACGCACACCCUGCGCAUUCAGAACACAGAUCGCGCUCCAUUCCACUGCGACCCGUCACGCUGCGUGUUCCCAGUCGUGCCUCAGCUGCAGGUUUAUAACAUCAGUGUGGAGGUGAAAAACGAGCUGGGAGAGGAAAUGGAAAGCUACAGCUUCAACAUCUCCGAAAGAGUCCGUCCUGUCGUGGAGUGGGACAACAUUACCCAAGGGGCGACAGAUGCCAACAUAUCCUGGAGCAUUCAGGGGAACUUAACUCAAAAUAACUUCAUCUGCCAGGUUUCCACACCUCAGCAAAACAUAACAGAGAGCUGUGAACGUGUGAGAGGUUUCUGCAAAGCCAGGCUGAAACAUCUGCUUCCCAACACUACGUACGCUAUCAAGAUAUGCUGCUCUGUCUCCGGCAGCCUCUGGGGACACUGGACAGAACCCAGACAAUUCACCACUGAUCCACUGGUGAUCCUGGACGUGUGGAGGAGAAUCCAGCUGUCUGACCCAAACAGCCGUCGGGUCACUGUCUUGUGGAAACAGCAUAUUGCUGGCGCAGCGAUCCAGAGGUACAGGGUUCGGUGGUCACAGGAAGACCAAAUGUGGAAGACUCUGACAGUGGACGGAGAGCAGACGCAGGCUGAGAUCUCUGUUGGUUUAGGAAAGAGUGAGAUCAGUGUUGAGGCUGUUCUUCACACCGCCUCCUCCAUUCCUGCCCACAUCAUUGUCCCGCCAAAAGACCCUGCAGAAACCCCCCCUGUUCAGAAGCGGCUGAGUGGCGGCACGGCUGGCGCCUUCUGUCUGUCCUGGAGUGAGAAAACCUCAGUCAGCUGUGGUUAUACUGUGGAGUGGUGCAUUCUGGGAGGCGCGAAUCCCUGUACUCUGGGCUGGAUGAAGGUACCCAAAGAGAACAACACACUCUUCCUGCCUGCCGAAAAUUUUGAAGCAGGUCGCAGGUACACAUUUAAUGUCUAUGGUUGCAACAACAAUGGAGAUAAACUACUGGAGACGCAGACUGGAUACUCGCAGGAACUCAUACCUGAACAGAUCCCGCGUCUGGUUCAGCCUGUUCAGAAGACUUACUCAUCUGUCACUCUGGAGUGGCUUUUCGAUGAAGACGACCCGGCUGAGCGAGCGUUCAUCACUGGAUAUCUGGUGACCUGGAUAUCUGUGCAGGAUGCAGGACUAGAUGUGCUGACGGGUCAAGCUGCCAAUCGGUUCAAUGUAUCAGACCCCCGGAAUAAGUCUGUGACCAUUCAGGGUCUGCAGCAGGACCAGGAAUACUCUUUCUCCGUGAGCGCGCUCAGUAAAGUCGGGAGUGGAGUCGCAACCAACUUUAGGACCAGGACACCAAUCAACUACCAUCCUUCCUUGGUCAAGGCUCUGACUGCCAUCUUCAUUCUGCUGGGCUGCAUCCUUCUCCUGUGGUCCAGAUGGAAAAUACUGAAAGAGCUGUUUGCCUAUCCCCCUGGAAUGAAUAUCAAAACACCCGAGUUCGACAGUUUCCUGCUCGAGACUGAGCAGAGACUGCGCUCCCAGGCGGUGGAGGACUGCGUCAGCUGUGACAUUGAGAUUGUGACCAGCUCCAGCCCUGGACUCAUAAAGAGGCUCUGCUCUGACGGUUCCCCGUCUCGUCUCACAUCCUUGUCACCGCCGCUCGUGCUGGUCCAGGAAGGCUACAGUCCGCAGUCAGACAGUCGGCUCUGGGACAGACCUGCCUUCACCCAGAUGUUAUCUAUCACUAACAAGAGCUACCUAACAACCCAGGAGGAGAACUGCUCAGAGCCACAACAAGACAUAUUCAAAGAAAUCAAAUCCAGCUUCCAAACCUCUGAUUGUUUGCCUGAGUCGCCUGACUGCAUCUAUGGCUAUAUCUCCUACGACACACUGUGAGUGUACAAUGUGUUGAAGUAAAGGUCUGUAAAUACCACCAAAUGUGCUGCUGAGGCCCAGAUUAGGGCUCUCACUUUUACCCAUUAAUUAGAUCAAUUACAGCACACUUCAGUGGCAUUUCAAUGUAAAUUGUAUUGCGAGUUGCCUCAUUUAGAGGCAUGUUAUACUUGUGUUGAUCAUAAAUUGCUGUAUUGAGUUAGCUUUAGUGUUCAUUUUGAGUUUACAGUUUGCCUAAGUGCCUAUUUGGGCCUCAGCCUUAUUUUAUCUCAGAAUGUUUUUAUCUACAUUUGUACUGCGUUUUGAAUAAUACACCGGGCCGGAUUGGUUUGCUGGGAUGUGUUUGACUUUUUUCUGCUUUUAAAUCUCAUUAAUGAAACAUACUGGAAGUGUAAUUUGAGUUGCCUUGAUUGGGCUUAGAAUGUAUUUUGGACAAGAAG